UUCGAUGCGUCGAUGUAGAUGGGCAUGAGAGAAGAACCCAUCAGAAUAUCCGCCCACCAUCCUCGGGAACCCAUAUUCGUUUUCGUCUUCUAACCCGCAAAUUCCUCGAAAUAUCUCCAUCUUUUACGAGAAAAAUCAAACCUUUACUUGUCUUCCCUGUGAAUUUUCUGCUCUCUAUUGGAUUCCUCGAAGGAGAUGAUGGCAGCUACGGUGGCGAUUUCAAGGAUCUCCGCACGGCCUCUAGUCGCUCUUCGACGCUCCACAGCCGCUUCCGUUUCGCACAGCUCCUCUCGCCAGUUUCUUCUUCGUCAUCGUUCUACCUCAUCUCCUCGCCUGCUUUCCAGGAACGUUAAUCGAGUUAAAGCGACGACUUUGCAAGACGAUGAAGAGAAAGUUGUGGUUGAGGAGAGUUUUAAAGCAAAGACUUUUCCUGGUAAAGAGGCACUACUCGAGGAGACAGAUACGAGUUCUUCGACUAGUGAUCUGGAGUCUUGGGUCAUCAAGCUCGAGCAAGGAGUCAAUGUCUUCCUUACUGAUUCGGUGAUUAAGAUACUUGACACACUCUACCAUGACCGAACCUAUCCGAGGUUCUUUGUUCUUGAAACCAUUGCUAGAGUCCCUUAUUUUGCUUUUAUGUCAGUGCUACACAUGUAUGAGACCUUUGGUUGGUGGAGGAGAGCUGAUUACUUGAAAGUUCAUUUUGCUGAAAGCUGGAAUGAGAUGCACCACUUGCUCAUCAUGGAAGAACUGGGUGGAAACUCAUGGUGGUUUGAUCGUCUUCUGGGCCAGACCGUAGCAACCUUUUAUUACUUCAUGACGGUGUUCUUGUACAUCGUUAGCCCGAGAAUGGCAUAUCACUUUUCAGAAUGUGUGGAGAGUCAUGCGUUUGAGACUUAUGACAAAUUUCUCAAGACCAAUGGAGAGGAGUUGAAGAAAUCGCCUGCACCUGACAUCGCCGUGAAAUACUAUACCGGAAGCGACAUGUACUUAUUUGAUGAGUUCCAAACAUCUAGAGCUCCAAAUACUAGAAGGCCAGUCAUAGAGAAUUUAUACGACGUGUUUAUGAACAUAAGAGACGAUGAAGCAGAACAUUGCAAGACGAUGAGAGCUUGUCAGACUCUAGGAAGUCUCCGUUCUCCACACUCUGUUUUAGAAGACGAAGAUUGUGAUGAGGAAUCAGGAUGUGUUAUUCCCGAGGAGGCUCAUUGCGAAGGUAUUGUAGACUGCCUCAAGAAAUCCAUUACUAAUUAAAUCAGGAAGAUACAAGACCAAAGAUGGAUUAUACCAAACUUAUGUUAAAGAAUAGAUAAAAGCCAAUCAAUAUACUUAGAAAAUAAAGUAAAAAGUGUGUGAGAUUCCCAUUGCUAUGUAGUAUGUGGGAGAGAAUUAUUAAAUAACCAACCAUAUGAUGUAAAAUUUACUUUAUUCAACUAGUUAAAAAUGUUUUUAAUCA